ACAAAAUACUAAACUCACGUGUUAAAAAUUCACAGCAGUUUAUGUCAGAUUUCAACUCACAUCAGUUAUUAUGGUUUCUUUGCAUUGAAUGAUUUUGCAGCGCAUUGCAACAUGACGACCCAUGCUAUAGAUUGCCCGCAUGUUAAUUUAUUUAAAGAAUCCAACGGACUCGAACCGUUUCGUAUCACCCAAAAGUGGCUCGUCCACUGUAGCACUGCUGAAGCUAGACAGGUUCGAGCUCGGUCGUGCUUCUGUAGAGUGUGUCAUACAUAUGGAGGAAGACUUCACACAUGUCUCCACUGUAUCUACUUUGGAUGCUAUGAAGGACAACACAUCCACAACCAUGCCGAGGAGACGAACCACUACCUUGCUAUGGACCUCAGUUUUGGGCAGAUAUAUUGCUUCCUUUGCCAGGAUUAUGUUUAUGACAAACAAGUUGAACAAUUCGCCCAAAAAGAAUGGAUUAAGGUUUGCCGAUUUAAUGGUUGGAGUGAAAGCCUACUUACCACUCUACCUUACUGGGAGCCCUCAGGCACCGAACUUGAAUACUUAAAGUUGAAUCCCAAGCGAAGAAAGAUAUCUGCGGAUAGUUACGUUGGUUUGCGUGGGUUGGUUAACCUUGGCAACACUUGCUUCAUGAAUUGUAUCUUACAGGCAUUUGUCCACACACCGAUGUUAAGGGAUUAUUUCCUUGCUGAGCGACAUGAAUGUGACAAGGAACAAUGUUUGGUGUGUGAGAUGACUAGAUUGUUUCAGAAAUUUUAUGCUGGAGAGAAAACUGCGUACAUCCCAUUUCGACUUCUACAUCUUGUGUGGACAAAUGCUCGUCACUUGGCAGGUUACGAGCAACAAGAUGCGCAUGAGUUCCUCAUCGCUGCUCUUGAUCUUCUACAUCAACAUCUUAGUGAAAGCAACGACUUGGGAAACAAUAACAACAACAAUGUAAUCAGUGGUCGUCCAGGCAUGUCCAUCAACAUGAUUGACAGUUCGAACCACGUUUCAGUGGAUGAAGAUAGCAAUGAAAGGGGAAGUACUUGCGAUUGUAUUAUUGACCAAAUUUUCACUGGUGGUUGGCAAUCUGAUGUCACAUGUCAAAUGUGUGGGGGUGUCUCGACAACAAUUGACCCUUUCUGGGAUAUCUCUCUAGAUUUACCUGGAUCAAUGUCAAGCCCAUGGCACUGUAUGUCCCCAACACAAGCCACUGUACCUGGAAUGACUCCACUUGGAUCACCACCAGUUAAUGGCUCCUCUGAACAGCGAGCUAUGUCACUUAAAGAUUGCCUCAACAGAUUCACACGGCCAGAGCACUUGGGUAGUUCAGCAAAAAUCAAAUGCAACAACUGUCACAGCUACCAAGAAUCUACCAAGCAAUUGACAUUAAACAAGCUUCCAAUAGUUUGUUGCUUCCACCUUAAACGGUUUGAACAUACCAACAAGACCCGACGAAAAAUCCCAACGUAUAUCUCAUUUCCUAUGGACCUGGACUUGAGCCCCAUCAUGGCUUCCAGGCGAAGUGUGAACACAAGAGAUGAAGCCAGUGUGGAUGAUGUACUAAAGGAAAACAAUUACUCUCUUUUUGCCGUUGUAAACCACUUGGGGUCACUGCAGAGCGGACAUUACUCGGUAUAUGUGCGGCAACAUAGAGAUCAGUGGUUUCGAUGCAAUGACUCGACGAUUCUGAAAGCAAGUGUGCAUGACGUCAUGCAAUCUGAAGCUUAUCUCUUAUUUUAUCAUAAGCAGUACUUGGAAUAUGAUUAAAUGAGAAAAUUGUCUGCAGAAAACAUCUUCGGCACAUUUCCAAUCAUUUCUAUGUAAUGUUGUUAUUUAUUAGAGAGUGCAUAGUUGAAGUUUUGGAUUUUUUUAUGAAACCAUGUUCCCCACUAUUGCAAUUGAAGUCAAUUUAGUUUUUGCGUGAUUUUCCCAUGUUUGUUAAUGUGCGUUCUCUUUAUUUGGAAAUUGUAAGAUGAAAUCUUGACAUUAUUAAACUCGAAUUGCUUGAAA